AUGGCCAUCAAAGUGCCUCCGGGCCAGUCGCCGCCUUUCGAGACAAUAGACGACAAGCAUCAUGCUGGAAUUAUAAUCAUUACUGCCGCUAUCUGCUUGCUGAUAUCACUGGUGAGCCUGUUGAUCCGAGUGUAUGUGCGAAAGUUUCUUAGUCCGCCAUGGGGAUCAGACGAUAUCAUCUUGCUCGGGGCGACGAUCACUGCUGUCGCUGAAUCGAUCAUUAUCUUCCACUCCUCGAGUAUCGGAUUCGGGACAGAUAUUUCGCUGGUGGCCGAAAAGUCCGUCAAUCAUAUACAAAAUUCCCUCGUUGCUGCCGACAUACUCUAUUUAUUAACUAUUUAUCUCUCAAAAUGCUGCGUAAUCGCCAUCUACCUGCGGUUGACCCCGCGACAGCGCCACAAGAGUUUUCUGUGGGCGACAUUCGGACUGAGCAUAGUUGGGGCUAUCAUUUCCGUGCUGGUUAUCUCGGUCGACUGCGAGGGAAAUAAGCCAUGGGCUAUACCUGGCGUACAAUCGAUUGCCGCGCUCGACAUCUCGAUCGAAAUUUUACUAUUUACCUUCUGCAUUGCUCUGAUCUGGGGUUUGCAGAUGCAUUUUUCACAUAAAAUCGUGAUUGUAGCAUCUUUUGCCGCUAGACUACCGUUAAUGAUAUUCUCCUCUCUGCGUCUCUCCGCUCUCAGGGAAUACACAACUACCGAAAACCCUACUCUCACCGCAAUCAGCCACACGGUCUUCACCCAGCUACAGCUCAACUAUUCGCUUAUAGCAUGCACAGCCUUUUGCCUGCGCCCCUUCAUGAGCGCUCUCACAACCAAUUAUGGCACAGCUGGCGACUCCAACCUCGGCAGUAGUAGCGGCGGCUACGGAGAACGACUCGCCGCGCAGAAAAAAGAGAAAGUCAAGCAGGUCCCUUAUCAGAUUGGCCGUUGGCGCCUCGUACACCCUGAAGAUAAUCCUGAACAAAAGCCACCUAUUCCAUACCAAAAAAGAAAUUUCGCCAAUCAUCGCCUGUCGACUCACACUAUAAAACACCGUCAAAAGUCAGACUGGACCGGCAUAGCAUCUACACCUGCUUACCAACCUCAGAUGACCCCUUCUCCACAAGCAGACUUUCUGCUCAGCCUCGUCCAGUUUAAUGUAUACCGAGGCCUUUACGACAAUAAGCUAACUUUAUCCCGAUCGGUCGACUCUCUAUUGCCGGGGCAUGACCCGGUGUCCUUUGACACGGCUUUCCCGGGCGUUUUCCAAAUCAUUUCGAGAGCGGAGACACCGAGCUCGCUUGCCUUGACAGAACUACAGGCAGGCAUAAUCCACGCCCCUUGGAUCGACCUUAUUCCAUUCCGACAAAUGCGAGAUGUCUUAAUUCAACAGCAAAGUCAUUACGAUCAUAUCGCGCUUCUACUUGAUAUACUUGGAAAUGUACCUGACCUUGAACCUCUUUCUUCAAGCGACGUGUUCCCGGCCCUUCAAAAUGAUCCAAAACGCUAUACUACUCUCAGUCUCGAAAAUAUUGAGGAGGACGAAGAUGAGAUGACUUCAUCUCGAGCAGGAUUUAUUAUUUGGGGAGAUCCAUCCGACGAGAAUAAUUGGGAGAUCACACCAGGAUUCUUGAGAAAGUGGUCCUGGAUAAUGAAGGGAUCGGAAUAUUUGAUACGAUCGAGUAAUAAAUGGAGGGCUUUCAGGGGCGAAGAACCGAUGAAGCAGGUGAAAUUCCAAUUCGAAAAUCAUGAGAUAUAG